AAUUAGUUUACGCUAGUGUGUUGUCUACUGAAGAUAUUAGUGAAAGACGGUAGUGAAGUAAGCAAUAAUGUCGUUCCCUCGUGCUAAAAUUCAACGAUUUAAUGAUGCAACAAGUUGUGCACCUCCACCAGGAAGGUAUGAUCCGAAGUUUGAGGCCAAGGUAAAGGGGGCAGUCAUUGAAAAGAGUGAGAGAUUUGUAGAACCGAAAUACCCCUCGGUGAGCACCAGCUCGGCUGAGAGCCCUGCAAACAUGUCUUUGACCAGCAGUAGUGGCAAGUCAGCAAAUGGCAACUGCUUACCUGUGUUUCGCACUGGCCACAGUUGCUGUUGUAGGAGUAAAUACAUUGCGCCACAGCUGCCUAGAAGAAUAGUAAAACAAGUGAGUUCAGCUCCUCAGACUAAAAUGAAGCUGAAGUUUGAAAUGCCGCUGAAGAACGGAGGUCCAAUGAAGGAAGUAAAUGCAGAUUUAUACGAAGCUUUGCUUGUAGACCGUGACAACAAAGACGCAACAAUCCACGAUAAUGAAGUUCACAUUGACGAGCUCUAUGAACGCAUUAGAAAUCUUGAAAAUACAUUAAGUCAGUUGCAGGCAGAAAAAGAUGAGUCAGGUGAGGUACAUAAAAUGGGUGAAUUGGCUGAUCUGAGAAAAGAAUUGGAAAAGACUUCUUCUGAUCUGCUUGAGGUCCAGGAAAAGUGUUCAGUGUUGGAGGAUACAGUUUGCAAGACUAGGACUUUACUAGCAAGUGCUGAACAAGAAAAGCAGAAUUUGUUGUUGAAAAUUAAUCAGGUUAAAGAUAAUGAGGAGAAGUCAAGAUGUAGAUAUGAAAUGGAUAUCAAAGAGUUGGAUUCCCUCUGUAAGAAGCUUGUGGAUGAUAUGGUGGGUGUGAGGGCUGAAGAGGAUGAGAAGAAGAAGGAACUGGAAGAACAAGUCAAGAAGCUGAAAGAGGAGCUGUCAAAUUUGAGCAAUACAAAUUCUGAUCUUGACAGCAGACUAAACCAGAAGCAGCAGAUGAUAUUAAUGCUUCAGAGUGAAUUGUCAUCUGCUGAACUGGAGCUAGAAGAAUGCAAAUCUGAGAAUGAGAAGAUGGUUACUGAGGAGGUUGCUAUGACAGAAAAGUAUGGGUCUGACAUGACGGAAAUGAAAGCCCUUAUCAAGAAGUUGGAGACGCUUCUUUCUGAGGAACGUGAGAUGCGAAUGCAAGAAAUUCAUGCCUUAGAAGAGAACGUGUUGAAUAGCUCUCUUGUGCGGGAGAAUCUGGAGACCAUCAUUACUGACAAACAGUCGGCCCUCUCAGCUUUGAAUGAUAAGUAUCUUGCAUUGGAAGCUGAAGUUGAGAAAUCUUGCAUGGAACAGAAGCUUGUGACAGAGGCUCACAGGCUUGAAAUGGAUGAUAUAUGUCAUAAAUAUGAGAGAGAACUGAAUGAGUUGAUGGAGAAAGAAAAAGAAGCAGAAAAGAGAAUAGAAUCUGUAACUGAUAAAUAUAAUAAAUUGGAAGCUGAUUUUAAGAAAUCUUCAUUGGAAAAGGAGUUUCUGAGAGAGGUUCAUAGGCUUGAAAUCAAUGACAUAUAUGAUAAACAUGAUGAAGAGACAGAAAUAAAAAUGGUAGACCUGACUAAUAAAUAUUGUGCAUUGGAAAGAGAGUUUGGGGAAUCUUGCCUGGAGAAGAGUCUUAUGACAGAAUCUUAUAAGCUUGAAUUGGAUGAAAUUAAUCGUAAACAUGAAGAUGAGUUAUGUAAGGUUUGGGAAGAGGUGAAUGAUAAGGGGAGAGAACUUGGCAGAAUAAAGAAUAUAAUGGAAGGGUCUGUGAAGGAGGCAGAAGAACGAGUGAGAGAAAUAAGAGCUGCGGCAGAAGAGAAACUGGAAGAAGUUCAAAUUGCUGCAGAGAAGAGGAUGAGAGAGUUUGAAGUGGAAACUGCAGAGAAGAUAAAUGACUGUAGGACAAGAGUCGACGUGAAACUGAAAGACGCGGAGCUUCAAAUGAACGUAUACGCGCAGAAGGCGAUGCAAGCGGAGGAGGAGUUGCGACAUAUGACACACCAUCGCGAUGAAUUGAGAAUCUCAAAUAUGGAGAACCAAUUGACAGUUGUUGAUAUGCAAGACAAAAUUGAUACUCUUGUUACAGAACUUAACACUGCCAGGGAAUCUUACGAAGCAGAUUUAAAUCAAGCUCGAAAUGAACAUGAAGUGACAAAAAAACAAUGCAAGAAGUUAAAAAUAGGAAUAAGUAACAUCCAGGCCUCCCUGGAAGCUCUCCAGAUGAGGCUGCUGGAGAGUGAACAUGAUGUGGAACAAUUAACAAAUGCCACUCAUCAAGUUCAGGCUCAGAAGGCGGCUCUUGAGGAACAAGUGAACAUACUGACUCAGAAACUGGAAGACAGCAGACAGAGCAUGAGUCAACUUGAAACAGAUACUGUUAAGCAGAUAGAAAAUACCCACAAAGAUCUUCUCUGCAAGUUAGAGGAUUUUAAAGAAAAGGCAGAUAAAAACAUUGCUGCAAAAGAAGAGGAGAUUUUAGAAUACCGACAUAAAACCAAGAAAUUAUCUGCAAGAAUAUUUGAACUAACUGAAACAUUGUCUGCCAUAGAAGAAACAAAUACCGUACAUGAGCGUGAAAUAGAGGCUCUUACCGAGAAGCUAGAUCAUCAACGGGAUUGCGCGAAGAUAGCAACACAGCAAAUAGCAACUCUGGAAGCUUCAAAUGCUAUCUAUCAGCAUCAGGUCCAGGCACUGACUGCAGAAUUAGAAUAUCAGAAGGAUUUCUCACAAAAGGCAUCUGAUCAUAUUGCAGGACUUGCUACUGCGAAGGCAAAUCAAGAUAAAGCAAUCUGUAAUCUUACCUCGGAACUUAUGGCUGAAAGAGAGAAGAUUUUGAAGUUACAUGGUGAGAUUGAAGAACCUACUACACUCAUGAAUUUUAACUCAGAGUCAAGUUCCGAUCUUUUGUCAGUAUUGAAGGAAAACUUUGAACAUUACAAAUCAGAAUUGAUGCAUAUAAUUCAGACACAGAUGACUGAUAUAAAAACAAAAGAAUUUGACAUAGACAAGAAAAACAUUGAUAUUUGUAGAAAAAAGUGUGAAAUCAAAAGCGCUACAGACAGGAUUACAGAAUUGGUUUCUGAGAAUACAAAGAAAGAGGAGAAGAUUGCAGAUCAUAAUCAGAAAAUCGAAGAAUUAUGCUCACAAUUAAAGGAACUCAAAACAUCUCUGCAAGCAGAACUGGAUUCAGAAUUGAUGUUGAAACUAGCAGAGAAGGAAAAAGAUUAUCAGAGUUUACUCAAUAAAGCAAAAGAUUGGGAAAAAUGCUACAAGGAAAUGGAGCUGCUCAUCGGUCCAUUCAGAGAGCAGCUGGAAGCAUUUGAUGCUGAACGGCAGGCGUUAGAACUACAAAAGGAAGUUGCAGAGAGUGAAAUGAGAGAGCUGGGUCUCCGUUAUGCAGAGAUUCUUGGACAUCAGAACCACAAGCAGAAGAUAAAACAUAUGAUCAAACUGAAGGAUGAGAUAAAUGAAUUGAAGAAGGAAAAUGAUAAACUGGAUAGUCAGGUGCGGACCCAGAAGAGACUCAUUGAUAAGCUGAAAGACGAGCCGCGGUCUACUUCGGUUCGCAAGCCUGUUCUUCAGCAGCACAAUCAGUCCAGCACAAGGGGCAAGGAAAAUGUUGAUCAUAGUCCCAUUAGGAAGUCCCCUGUUAGCAGCCCAAAGGUGAAGGCACUUCAGAAAUAUCGUUAAGGUUCUGAAACAGCAACUUUCAUUUGUCAGUAUGAUUUCGUUACAGAUCUUUUAAUUCAAAUGUUUCUUAAUUUUUUUUUUGCAUGAUUAGUUUCCCUGAAUCAAAACCACAGACUGGAAAGCUAACUCCAUCAGUACGUCUCAUAAAUAUGUUACAUCAAUCUGAAGCAUUAAAUAACUGUAUAAGUUACCAAAGAAAUUAAAUCUCCAACCAAGGGCUGCACAUCAUCCAGAAUUUCAGAUGUGUUGUAGUUCAUAAUUAAAUAUAAUGUCCUGGUCUAACCCACGGACUCUGACAAUUUGACAGUUCUGAAGAAUGUUUUAAUAUUUUGUUCAUGUGACUCUCCAAGUAUAGACAAGUUCCAUAUUUUUGCUAAAGGAGAUUUACCCAUGUCAAAUUAUGGUGAAAUUUGUCCAGUGUUUGAGCUCAUUAAAUAAGCAUUAUACACAAUUUGUCACAGUGUUAUAAAUAAGGUCAAUUUAAAUUGAAGUGCGUGUUAUUUUUGAGUAUGUUCAGAAUUUUAUCCUUGCAUAUGUAUCAAUUUGUGCCGUGUCUUCAUAAUAUAAUGCAUGUGCACGGCACUAGGAGAACAGGCCCAUCACAAAGGCCAUUAUGCUCAUCCUCCAGAUUAAAUCAAGAAAUCGUAGCGGGGCUGCAGUUUUCACAUUUUUCAUCGUUCCUUGGUAAUUGUUUACGCAUUAUUUUCAAUGACUGUGUUUCAAGUCAGGGCUGUUAUAGUGCGACUUAUAUUCAGGCAAGGUUGCUUACGUAAAUUAAGAUACAAAAAUUUAAAUUGAGAUAUUUACACCCAUAAAGGUAUAUAAAAUCUUGUAAACAGUUUUGUUUGUGUGCAUGAUUUUAUAUAUCAGUACAAUGCACAGUGUGCGAGGUUUUAAGACCAUAAAGGUAUCUUUAUUGCAGUGCACCAUAUACUUGCUUGCACUUGCUUUGAAGCAGUAUCAGCUCAAUUUUUAUAUUUUUUAUGAUCCCAUUCUAAAUGGCUUCACUAUUUAAACUUGCUUUUAUAUCCUUCUGACAGUGAUUUUAAGAAUUAUUCUUCUGUAAUAAAGAUUUGGUUCACAUUUUACGAAUAAUUUUUGUCUAGGUUUUACAGUGGUUUAUUCAUAACUUGAUGAUAUGCAUUCCUUCAUCGAAUUAUUGGUAAUUCAUUUGAAGUUGUAUCAUCUUAAGUGGUACUAGUUUUUUUAUUCUGUCAUUCAAAAUGUUUUACCACGAAGAUGAUAAUUGCUCAAUAUUGUAGAAACCUGUAGUAAUAGUUAUAAGAACUGUUCUCUUGUAGUACAAAAACAAUAUUUUUUUUUCAAAUUGUGUAAUGUCUGUGUGUAAGUUUUAUUGAGGCAUGCCAACAUUAUAUUUCUAUAAAGUGUUAGAUACUUAGUAUUUAUUUUAUUCAUGCUUAACUAUCACCUGUACAUUGCAGCUUACACCUUAUACAGCUGAUCAUGUGUCACUCUAGCCUGCAACGCAAAUUCUGUGCAAAUAUCAAUUGUAUACUUAGAACCCAGCAAUACUGAACUGAGCGAGCGGGUUUGUACUUUCCUUCCGAAUAAAUGCGCCAAUAAUCUA